ACGAGUGUAGAUAUCAUUGGAGUAACUUCAUUCAAAAUUGGUAUAAGCGUUUAGUAAAAUAACACUUUUUAUCAAAGACGCGUUAUAGUUACAUUGACGCGAAAAGUACUAUUCCAACAAGACGUGCGAAAAGGAUUAGUGACGGACGGAAAUAGAUAUUUUGGCUAUUUUAGCCAAUUAGUGCUUUAAAUCUAUUUCGCGGUGCAGUGAAGUGUGAAAAGGAACGCAGCACGAUUAACACUAUUAAAAUAACUGCGAAAUGUCAUAACUUUCAUUACUGUAGUGAAGAUAUUGUAUUACAGUAAGAUUUUAUCGGGAAAUUAUCGGUAAAUAAUAGGGUUAUUUCACGAAGCGCUGGGUUUUAAAGUGUAUUUGGAUUUCGUCAGUGGGGGUACAGCGAAUUCGGACUCGAUAUCCGGUAGUGAGAAUAAAAUAACGAAAAGUGGUCCAACGGUGACAAUUUAAAUCGAAAAGGGGAUAAUCUAUUACUUAAGAAAUUUACUACAACUCGAUGAUUGUGAAAAGCUGAUGAUCCCAUUGAUGCUGCGAAGGUGCUAAUUAUAGGUUUAUUGGGAGGAGAUAUCAGUAAUUAGCGGCACUAAGAAGCCUCUGUCUUUAUAUUAUAUAAUUCGCGGCAUGAAAUAACGUCUGUUAAAUGCCUAUUUUCCGCUAUGAUUGACAUUGAAUGGAGAAAAUAGAAUAUACGAUCAUUCAGGUGGUUUGAUCGAAGCAGAAAAUUCGUUAAACGUGUUUGUAAUCACCUUUGUUAGAACGCUCGGAUUUUGGUAAUUAAAGGGCAAUCUACCAACAAGAACUUUGGAUACAUACAGAGUGAUUGAAUAAACACAUUGAUAUGGUACAUUAUAAGCUAUAUUAUUUUACUUUAUAAACCAAAUAUGACAUGAUAAUCAACAUCCCGGAGUCUGGAGUGAAAAGAGUUCCACUGGAGCGUAACACGGGAUUAAAGGCGAAGUGAAAAACGUUCUCGGAGCGCUAUUGGUGCAUUUAACAUUUAUACACAGCGGUAGCGUAGUGGGAUUUGCUGUUAUUAUCCGAUAUUUUUAGAAGAUGUAGUGAAUUGAAAUUAAACGAAACUUAUAUAAUCGGCGAAAAAGUAUUAAAUUAUUCAGGACUAUUAGUGAAAUAUCACAAACAUAUUCCUACGCGGUAUAAGAUGGUAUCGGAGAGAUUUAAUUAUUUGGUACAAAGAUAUGUUAGUGGUUAAAACAAUCAGCCUUAUUUAUGAGAAGAUAUCAGCGUAUUUUUUUUUCGGAAUCUGGAAAUAUUAGAGGGAUUAUUAUAGAUUCGUGUCCAGAUAUCAGUGAACCAGAUGCCCAUCACAGGUAUGAUAUUUCCUUAGUGUUAUGACUGUAGGUAAAGAGAAUUACAACAGGUGAAAAAUAAACAACUAUUAAUGAAUGACAUUACUGUUAAAACACUUGAACUCUGUCAGAUCACAAUUGACACGACGGUAUUCAGCCAUUGACAAGCGUUUGAUGUACUUUCAUUUAUCAUUCAGUUUAUAUUAAUUAACUUUCAUUGUAAACUUGUGAGGGGAACACAAUGGAUGAUUGCAAAGUAAAAGGAUUUUUAUUGACUGUAACGAUAUUAAUAUCUGUUUCUAGUGUUUUUUCUGAAACGUUUACAUUUCGAAUGAAAGAGGAGGAAAAGAUCGGAUACGUUGUGGGUAAUAUACUUGAACAAUACAAGAGUGACCGGGAUGAACUUCGGUUCACGUUAAUGAAACAAGGUAACGAGUACGAGUCUCUGUUUGAAGUGGAAGAAAUAAGUGGUAAUUUAACAACUAAACAAAUCAUUGACAGGGAAGUUCUGUGUGAAUUUACCACCACGUGCGAAAUAUCACUCGACGUGGCCGCUCAAACUGUUUUAAAUGACGGCUUUUUCGAUGUUGUCAAUAUCAUAGUGAUUGUAGAAGACAUAAAUGACAAUGCUCCAACUUUCAAUAAAUCCAGUCUAAACUUACCUCUAUCGGAAUCAGUCCUAACCGGAAGUAGUAUUACUAUAGAAGGUGCCCGUGACAAAGACACAAGUGAGCAGUUUUCGUUAAAAAGUUACGAUCUGCAACCCAAAAUGACGGGAGAGGCGUUACCCUUCAACUUAACAUUUUCGAAAAAGUUAGACGGCAGUUCCAAAAUAAAUCUCAUUGUAAAGGAGAAAUUAGACAGGGAAGUUAAAGAUUCUUAUCAAUUCUAUAUCAUAGCAAAGGAUGGGGGACCAACGCCUAAAAUUGGUACAUUAUUGGUGAAUGUUUCGGUAUUGGAUAUUAAUGAUAACAGUCCUGUGUUUGAAAAAUCUUCCUAUGACAUCACUGUUAACGAAGACGUUAACGUUAAUGACGUCAUACUCACGUUAAAAGUGACUGAUGACGAUCUCGGCGACAAUGGGAAAGUCAGGUUUAAACUAAGCUCAUUUCAACCAAAAAACAAUUUAAAGUAUUUUAGUAUAGACGAAAGGCUAGGUCACUUAAAGAUUAAAGAAAAAUUAGACUCGGACGCUGGUAAUACUUUCAGGCUGAUUGUGGAAGCGACGGAUCAGGGGAACCCCCCUCUAACUACUCAGACAUUUGUAGAUGUUUCUGUUUUAGAUACGUCAAAUAGUGCACCGGAAAUUCAUCUCAAUCUCCUCUCAAAUGCCAACUACUCCAGGGUUUCAGAGUAUGCCAAUAUCGGCGCUGUUGUAGCUCACGUGGCGAUAGUGGACCGCGACUCUGGUCGUAAUGGUAAUGUGAAUUGUUCCGUGAUUAGUGACGUUUUCGGCCUACAACGAUAUGACGUGCACGAGUACAAAGUGAUAGUGUCAAGGUCAUUGGAUCGUGAGCGAUCAGCUUCUCACAACGUUAGUAUCCGAUGCGAAGAUAAAGGUGUACCUCCCCUAGGUAAUACAAAAAGCUUCCUAGUGCAUAUAAACGACGAGAAUGACAAUCCGCCCAGAUUUAGACAGCAGCGGUACUUCACAAAUAUUGACGAAAAUAAUGAAAUCGGUGAUGAAAUUAUAACAGUUAAAGCAUUCGAUCUUGACUUCGGCAAUAAUAGCGAUAUAACUUACUUUAUGGCAACUACUUCUUCUAAAUAUGCAUAUGUCGACUCGAAGACUGGUAUGGUCAUGGCAAAUAAAGUCUUUGACAAGGAAUCUAAAGAAGGUCAAGGGGUCUCACUAACAAUCUAUGCGAAGGAUAAUGGUGUGCCAGCGCUAACAGGAACUACAUCUGUGAUUGUUACUAUCAAUGACCAAAACGACGAGAAACCUGUAUUCGACCAAACCUUAUUCCGUUUCUGGUUAGACGAAAAUCUCCCCGCAGAUACGUCCGUGGACCGACUAAGUGCAAAGGAUAAUGACAAAAGCAGUAAUGCAAUAACAAAGUUUUCGUUGAAACCAGGUCAACCUGAGGUUCCAUUCGUUGUUCUGGAAGACGGGGUAAUCAAAACAGAUAGAGAAUUGGAUAGAGAAGUAAAAGACGAAUAUACAUUUGAAGUUGUCGCUACAGACGCCAGUAAGCGGCUUUUCAGUACAGCUAAAGUAACUGUGUUUAUUGUAGACAAAAACGACAACGACCCUGUCAUUCAAUAUCCUAAACCCGGUAAUAAUACCGUAAACGUUUCAUUCCUUACGUCACCAAGAACAAUCGUAUAUAACGUCAUUGCAUACGACUUAGACGAGCCAUACACGGAUAACUCGAACUUACGGUACUCUAUGACUACGGAGAACAAAACAAACUUCUUUUCCAUAGAUCCACUUAGCGGUGAUGUUAUUUUAUCAGCUCCUUUAGAAAACACUAAUUACGUCGGUAAAAUGUAUUUACUGAAAAUAACAGUUCGGGAUAGCGGGGAUGGCACCAAGCCGGCGACGGCCAUGUUACGUAUAUUCAUAACAACAGAUAACGAAACCUUAUCUUCAUCUACCGAAGAACCGAAUAAAAACUUUGUUAUAGUUGUUGUUGUUGCUGCCUUAACGAUUCUAAUAUCUGCCGGGAUCAUAGUUACCAUAUGUAUUAUCCGUCGGCUCGAUUCCCGCCGUCGGGACGACAAACAACGACAAAAGGUGCUGAACGAUAACAUGUAUACGAAGAACAAUGAAGAAGUGGACAAUAUUUUCCCUCUCCCUAUGGAUACAAGCUUCACAGAGAAGAAGAAAAAAGAAGUGAGUUUUUCACUAGAGGAGAAUGGUAUGAUGAACCACAGCCAGAUGAACUGUGCACUUGAUGAACCCGGCCAAGACAGUUUCGAGAUACUAUUAGAGCCCCCGCCUCAAUAUCAGCUAUGUGUUCCAAAAGGUAAAUUGGACGAUUGUCAUUCGGACAUGUCAGGAGAGAGUAACGGAGACAGUGGUAAAGGUGGUAGUGACGAUGACCUUCAGAUACCGUCUGGUUUAGGUUUUAUUAGAGAUGAUAUACAACGCUCAAGGGACAGAUGGGAAAGCUCAAGAAGUGAAAGUCCCAGCAUGCAACAGAUGACGACAUUUCCGUCAAGAUGUCUGCAGAACGACACAAUUCCACACCAGAAAAUCAUUCCAUUCUCCUUUAAAAAGACGCCAUCUUAUAUGGGGUCUGGACUAGUUGCGAACAACUUAACACCGUCGACGCCGUCGUCAUCUUACAGUAUGCCGAUGUAUUAUGACGACGAAAGUCGCUCCUCGUCGGGAUUCCAAAGUGCAGAUUCUAGUUAUUCAAACAGACACAGAAAUGGCGGGAAAUUGAAUUUAAUGAGAAACAAUAUUCAAGACUGUGUCGUCUGAUACGAAAACUACAUAAUAUUUUUUUCGUCUGUGAUAUAUUUUUUUAAAUCUUCAAAGUUAUUGCUUUUUGUGUUCACCUUGUGGAGAAGUGUAAACAUUUUAUAUAAGCACAACAUGGACACGUGCAUAUAUUUAAUACGUGCAAUACAAGUCAAAUUACAUGACUCAUUUAACACAAUUUGCCGCUAUAGUAACAAGAAGAAACAAACUCUUCAAUCCGAUUGUUUCCUGUGACUGUGCCAAAUUACGCCCAGAUUGUAAAGUGAGAAGCUGUACUCAGGUGCAUGGAUGCUGAAAACUGACACACUUCAUCAAGUGUUGCGCAGACGACUUAAAGAUAUUAGAAAUUCUGGAGAUGACGGGGAAAACUGGCUGCAAUAAGUUACACCACUGAUGAAAGAAGUCGAGUUGUAAUGAUAAAUGGGAUAAAUUUAUGAAAUGGCUACCUCAACAAGAGUUAGAAAUGAACCCUUAAAUGUAAAUGAUGAAUUACACGUGCCAAAGAUAACCCUUGAACUCGUGCUCAAUACAAACUUCUAGGGGAGACAGUAUAACUUAAACGAACAUGUUAUGACCUAAGAUGUGGCGAGACGGUAUUUAGCCGAAUAAAGAUGAUCCGGGUGCCUGUUAAAACAAUAAAAACCCACUAAAAGGAUCAUUUAUUCAUAAUUAGUGUAGCAUUAAUUAGUUACGGUCAGUGCGACCAACCGUUUGUUUAAUUAAUUUUUCUCUUUGAUACGCCGACGUCGGCGCGUUUGAUGUCUGCAACUAACUUUUAAAGAUAGGUGUUAUCUUUAGCGUGCUGGUUGUUUACACGUUACUGACCAGUCUACGGAUG